AUGCUGAAUAAUAACUUGAGCAUAGCAGAGAAUGUCACCGAGAUCCACUCCGCAAGCUUAGGCCUGGUUCUUGGGACCAUAUCAUUUUUUACAGUCAUCAUGAACAUUUUAGUGUUGUACGCCGUAAAAACAGAACGCAAACUUCAUACGGUUGGAAAUCUGUACAUUGUCAGCUUGUCUAUUGCAGAUCUCAUUGUAGGCGUGGCUGUUAUGCCACUUAACAUUGUGUAUCUCAUCAAUCACGAGUGGAUACUUGGAACACCUGUAUGUCUCUUUUGGUUGUCUAUGGACUACGUUGCUAGCACAGCCUCCAUCUUCAGCCUUUUUAUUCUGUGUAUUGAUCGUUAUCGUUCAAUCCAGCAGCCUCUGCAAUACUUAAAGUAUCGUACAAAGACCCGAGCCUCUGUAAUGAUAUCAGGGGCAUGGCUUUUGUCCUUGGCUUGGGUUAUCCCAAUUUUGGGCUGGCACGUCUUUGCAAACGGUGGAGUUCGAUCAGUACCAGAAUAUAUGUGCGAAACAGAGUUUCACAAAGUGACUUGGUUUAAAGUUCUUACAGCCAUAUUUAAUUUUUACAUUCCAUCUUUGCUAAUGUUGUGGUUUUAUGCAAAGAUUUACAAAGCUGUAAGGGAACACUACCAACAUCGACAGCUGAUUAAUGGAUCCUUCCAGCUGUUUUAUGGCAGUAAAUUUGUUAGGAAUGUGAAGGUUCUCAAAAAAUCAAAAGAUCGUGUUAAACGGCAGUGUCCAAAUGGAAAUCUAAUGGUUCCUGAGACAAACUUUCACAGUCAUUACAGCACAGUUUCAAAUGUCUUUACACAGCAAAAAACCUCUCGAGAACAUUUCCAAAUAGAAGACUAUGAAGGCCAACAGGGAUACAAUACAUGUGACAAUAAAGUUGUUAAGUUGCACUGUUUUCCUCUUGCUAUAAUACAGGCCCACCCAGAAGAGUGCCGAAACUAUGUUACAGUCAACAGAAAAAAUCUGAAAGACCAGUGUCUGGAUAACCUGGAUGUGACAGACAUGUCUGAAGACCAUACAUUUGCCGAGGCGGCUUCUUGUAUCCUUGAGACAAGUCAAGUGGAAGUCAACAACACAGAGACUGUUGAGGGAUCUGAAACCCAAGUCUCUGGGAACCUUAACUAUCUGAAACAUACUUGGCAGAGGUUCCGCACACAUUCCAAGCAAAACUUCCAAGGACUUCAUAUAAUUAGGGAAAGAAAAGCCGCUAAGCAAUUGGGUUUCAUUAUGGCAGCAUUUAUGUUGUGUUGGAUCCCAUACUUUGUUCUUUUUAUGGUCAUCGCAUUUUGCCAAGACUGCUUUAACCACAAUUUUCACAUGUUUACCAUUUGGCUGGGUUACAUCAAUUCAACACUGAACCCGCUGAUCUACCCCCUGUGUAAUGAGAAUUUCAAAAAGACAUUUAAAAAGAUAUUUAAUGUUCAGUUAAACUGUGUUGUUUGCAAAAAGGAAAAGUUUACAAUGUGCAGCUAUAAAUGA